GGAUACAACUACUGCCACAGUUGCACCGAUUACCAAGGCCUGAUGCCUCGACCAUCCCCGGACACCGGUUACGAGGCGAUGAAUGUGUGUGCUUACUGCAUCGAAUACCUGAAUAUAACUGCCGGCGGGCGUGCCCAUUUGAAAGGUCUCCAGCUAUCUAAGCUCAAGAACUACAUCAACGCGUACAACAUCAGAGCAGAGCGGGCAGUAGAGAAGGAUGAUUUGAUAGAUGCCAUCUUAUCCGCUAAGGUGCGUUCACUUGCAAUGCCUGACUCGAGAGCAGUCCAUAUUCCUUUGCUUGCAGCAGCCAAUGGCUGUUUACCACCGGCUAAUGAAGUGCGUGUUUCUUGCACCUUGCACCGCAUGGCUAGAGAGUGCUGCGUUAGAUAUAUUAUCGCAAGUAUUCUGUGCCCGACCGAUCGAACAUGGCUCGCUCGCGGGGCAUCUUUUCGCGCAACUCAGCCGAACCGACUCGUGAGGCUCCAUUGCCGCCACGACCACAGCAAACAUACAGCGAAUUCGCGCGCCCGGAUCUGGCCCCCGAACCUUCCCAUACUCGAUACGCGCCACCUCCAGGACCUCCUCCCCAUCCCCGAUACGCUUCGCCUCCAGGACCUCCUCCUCACUCGCAGUCUCCUCCGCCGAGACCUCAUAGCACGCGCCCACAUCCGCCUGAGCCGCGUCCGCAUAAUAUACCUCCGGGACAUCCGCCGAAUCGUCCGCCACAAGCCGGGCCGCGGCCAUCUCGAUCGAGCCAGAAUCUGAACCCGCAUGCCGAAAGAGCGCAACCACGCCCGCGGGCUAGUUCAACUGCACCGACAUCGGCACCGCCGCCGAUCCCUAUACCAACCAUGGAUCAGUUGCUCGAGAUGAGCCCCGAUACAGUAUCCACGUUGUCUGUGCACAUCCUCAAGGAGACGCUGCACAUGAACCACGUGAACGCGGGCCAAGUGUUGGAGAAGAGCGAGCUCGUCAAGCGGGUCCGGGAUCUGGUCGAAGAGGAACGGAGACAGCGAGAGCGGCAUCGGCUGGCUGAAGAGCAGGAGGAACGGGAGAGGAUCGAGCUGCAGCACCAGAUGAUGGAGCAAUUCGAGCGCGCGAAGAGGGAGAAAGACGCGGCUGAUGCAGCGGGAGACAGCGCGGAUCAUGGCCCGGCAACAUCGACCACUCCUCCAGGCCGCUAGCGUUCAAACAGCCGACUGUGGUUCCUGAAAGACAAGGCCUUUGUGUGAUAUGCUACGACGAAGAAGCCUGCAUUGCAAUCGUCGACUGCGGGUGAGUGUCGUUGUCAUCCUCCAAGUAUCGACUGAGUUGUUUUCGAGGCACAUGUCAUUGUGUGUUGACUGCAGCAAGGUGAUCAUGUCCAGCACACGAGAGUGCCCGAUGUGUCGCACGCGGAUUGUGACUGAACAGCGCCUGCUCCGUAUUUUCAGACAUAACAUACAUACUUAAUUACACUGAAAUAUUAGAUAUCACCAAAUC